AUGGGAUUGAUGUUGUUUGAUACAGCUGUUUUACUACCAUUGCCAAUCAUAGCCAUCGUCGGUUCAGCUAUAUUUGGUUUAGUUCUUAUUUAUUUAAUUGGUUUUAAAACAUUUUUCCCGUCAUCUCCAUCACUAAAAUCUUCGUCACCAUCAAAGAAGUCUGAUUCAAAACAUCAAAAAACGAAAUUAAACGACAAUGAAACAAAAGAAAAAACGAGUAAUAAAAAACAACAAUCUGAGAAAACAGUAAAUAAGAAAUCUGUGCCUAAACAAAAAGUAAUAGAAUCAACUGAUAGUGAUGCGGAAGAGGAUGAACCAGCACAAAAAUCAAAAACAAAAAAAGGUUCACCGAUUCAAAAACAACAACAAAAUACAUCAAAAUCUUCAACGUCAAGGGAUGUUGCUACAACAAAUCAAUCAAAGCAACAAUCUUCUUCGAAAAAUAAAGUUGAUGAUAAAAAACAGCAACAAGUAGUAAAAAAUGAUAGUCAACAACAAAAACAAAGUAGUGAAAAGCGUACAACAGGUAAAGAAACUGUUAGUAAUAAACAGUCUCUAUUAGAAAAGCCGAGUAAAGAACAUUCGUCAAAACAUCAACAAUAUGAAGAAAAUGAGAACGAUGAGAACGAUGAUGAUUUAUUUGUGACAAAAGGAGCUAAGAAUAAGACGAAAUCGCCAACAGUUUCAUCAAUACCUGAAAAAAAUAAAAAUAUAGGCAAAGAACAGCAACAAAAUCGAGAAAAGACGUCAACAAAAUCAGAUGUUCAAGCAAAUAAAAAUGUAGACAGUAAUAAAAAACAACAACCGGUUGCUGCGAAACAAGUCGAAUCAAAAUCAAAAGAAGUGCAACCUAUUCGAGAACAACAACAAACCGAAACAAAACCAAAGAAGGAAAAACGUACAGCAUACGUUGAGGGUGUUGAAGGUCAUAAUGAUACUGGUGAUCAUGAAGAUGACGGUCAAUGGUUAACACAGGGUGCUAGUAAACAGGUAAGCAAUCGUAAUCGCAAAACAAAAAGUGAUCAAUCAACUGAACAACAGAAAAAAGGUUCAGGAAGUAAAAUUCCUCUAAAAUUAAAUAAUGAUAUGAACUCAAAAACAAGUCCAAUUCAUAAUGUGAAUAAUACAAAUAACAGUUUUGGUAAUAAAAAUUGGCAAAGAGAUACCACGAAAUCAGAAACAAAUUCAUCAACAAUGGCAUCAAAUUCACAGUUUCAACAGCAAAGACUUCAAGAACCAAUUGAAAUUUGUCAAAUACUUCCUGUUUCAACAGAUCUCUAUACGGCAAAUGAUGAUUGGUGGAAAUCACAAAAAACACAUACAACAGCAUCGAAUAAUAAACCAUUUAAUGUGCAUGAUAUUGGAGAUUGGCCAGAAUAUGUUGAAGAAGAAUUUAAAAUUCAUGUAAAAAAGAUUUUACCUCAUUCAUUACAAACAACAACCGCUGAUAAGAGAAAUCAACAAAAACAAGCACAUGAUGCAGAUAUGGACGAUUUAGAUGAUUUGCGCGGGGACGUUGAUUCAGAUACAUUGGAUAAUGGCACAGGUGAAGAUGAAACUCAGCCAUCUUUGAAACGAACAGAAAUAGUUGGAGAAAAUGGAGAAGAGGAAAGUGGCGAACAGUCCGAUGAUGAAGAAGAAGAGGAAGAGGAAGAGGAAGAUAAAGAAGAUGAAGUUGAAUCCGACGAAAUUGUAAACCAUGAUCUGAUAGAGGAUGAAGAUGAUAUGGAACAUAGUGCAGUUGAAUCUACUGAUAUUGCUACUGAUAAAGUAAGUAGUCUAUUGGAUAAUAAAACCGAUUGGCAUGAGAACUCAACAACAACAAAAACACAGUCAACAUCUUCAUCACAGAAAGCAAAAAAACCGCGCGGUGUUUUGUAA